GGCAAUACCAGGUGAUGCUAGGGGUGAUGCUGAUGCCCAUCCAAGGUUGAGACCUACUGUUCUACUCUGAUGUCAGCUCUCCGAGGGACACCGUGGCCUGCUUUGUUCCCUUCCCUGUCUCCAGUGUCUGGCAUCGUGUAGGCGUGUCAUAAAUAUCUGUGGAGUGCAUAAUAACAGUGAUGAUAAUAGCAGCUGGUCAUUGAUUGAAGACCUCUUGUGCGACGGUCUCUGCGUUAAACAUUUCUGGAGGCUUAACUCAUUUAAGGAGCUACCCCAGCCAUCAUUUUCACAGAUGGUGAAACUGAGGUCCAGGGAGGCCAAGCGCCGUACCCAAAGGUCACUCAGCGGGAGAGCUGGCAGGAAACCUCGCGUCUGCCCGCGCCGCCCCCGCCCUUCCCCAGAGCCCGGCGGCCGCGUGUGUCCGCGGCCCUGCGAGGGCGCCCCGGCUCCGGACUUCCCCCGGCGGCCGGGGGAGGAGCGCGCGGCGGCGGCCGUGGCGAAAGUGCGGUUGUGGAUGCGCCGAGAGGCCGGCGGCGGCGGCGGCGGCGGCGGAGGAGGAAGCUGAGCAGGGCGGCGGCGGCGGAACCUGCGGGACUGGGGCGCGCGCCAUGGGUCGCCUGCACUGCACUGAGGACCCAGUGCCCGAGGCCGUGGGCGGCGACAUGCAGCAGCUGAACCAGUUGGGCGCGCAGCAGUUCUCAGCCCUGACAGAGGUGCUUUUCCACUUCCUAACUGAGCCAAAAGAGGUGGAAAGGUUUCUGGCUCAGCUCUCUGAAUUUGCCACCACCAAUCGUAUCAGUCUCAGCUCCCUCAGAAGCAUUGUGAAAAGCCUCCUCCUGGUUCCAAAUGGUGCUUUGAAGAAGAGCCUCACAGCCAAGCAGGUCCAGGCGGAUUUUAUAACUCUGGGCCUUAGUGAGGAGAAAGCCACUUACUUUUCUGAAAAGUGGAAGCAGAAUGCUCCCACCCUUGCUCAGUGGGCCAUUGGUCAGACUCUGAUGAUUAACCAGCUCAUAGAUAUGGAGUGGAAAUUUGGAGUGACAUCUGGGAGCAGCGAAUUGGAGAAAGUGGGAAGUAUAUUUUUACAACUAAAGUUGGUGGUUAAGAAAGGAAAUCAAACCGAAAAUGUGUAUAUAGAAUUAACCUUGCCUCAGUUCUACAGCUUCCUGCACGAGAUGGAGCGAGUCAGAACCAGCAUGGAGUGUUUCUGCUGAUUUCUGUCCCUGCAUCUCCCCUGGCCCCGUUCCCUGCCCUCCUCCCUUCCCUGGGUGACUGCUCUGAGAGGCACUUCACUCACAGGCCUGUGGGAUGCUCCAUGGGGCCCUGCUGGCUUCUUAGGAGCCCAGGUGCAAAGGGUUUCUGAAAAACAACAGGAUUAAGUACUUAAAGAGCCCAACACAAUUACCCCGUAAACUCUGUGUUAGGGCAACCUCCACCACCUAUCUGUCUUCCAGGACACAUUUUAGAUACUGUGACAGGCCACUGCAUCUCAGAUUCAGGGGAGAAAGUAAAUUGUCACCUCCCCUUCAAAGUUCCAGAGUAAACAAAUGGUGCCAUCAUUCAAGAUAACAUGCUAAUCACCCUCCUCCCAAAAAGCAAGAGCUUGUUUAUGGCUGAGGAAUCGGUGGAUUGUCUGAAUGACGUGUACAGAGCCCCCACGGAUUUCUGCACACUCUGGGUCUGUGCUGGUGGAACAUUGCCAGUCAGUUUUUAAUGAGGCACCUGUGUGUAAAUACAUGCUUGGUUUUCUCUGCAGAGAACUGAGGCUAAACUCUGUCCCCACUUCUGGUUUUGCCCUGUCAUGUUGUAACGAGGCAGGCCUUUUGAGGCCAUUUCAGUUUGAGCUCAAGCCAACCACCUCUGUUGGUUAGAUGAUGAAUAAAAAGGUUCUGCAGCAAA